UUGGUGUGCUCAUUCUAUUCGUGCCGACCGGCUCCACUGCUGAUGACAAAAUAACAGAAAUAUUAUGGUCGAUAAUUAACCCGACUCGAUGUUUCCCCUUCUGAUUAUUAUUGACCAUAAACGGUUGUUUAUUGAUGAGCGGCGGUGAGGCAGAGACUGAUCAAAUCUACCGGGAGGAAACAUCAGAGUGAUGACAUCAUCAGAAGGCGGCGAGACGGUGCUUCUGGUUGGAGAGGGGAACUUCUCGUUCUCUGCUGCACUGAGCCGGAUUGUCGCCACGGAGACAGAUGACAUCACAAGGGGGGUUGAUGACAUCACAAGGGGGAGGGGUUUGAGGAUCACGGCAACCUGUCUCCAGACCAGAGAGGAGGCGCUACGACAACACGGCUCCGCCCACAACAUACACACCAUCACACACUCAGGUGGGGAGGUGCUGUUUGAGGUGGAUUGUACUCGGCUGUCAGAGUGUUUGUGUCUGCGUGGUCGACAGUUUGACCGUGUCAUCUUUAACUUCCCUCACUGCGGUCGGAAGAGUGGCGUGAUGAAGAACAGGCUGCUGCUCAAACUCUUCUUCCUCAGCUGUGUGGGGGUGCUGAAGGAGGAAGGGGAGGUGCUUGUGUCUCUGUGCAACGGGCAGGGCGGGACUCCAGCUGACCGGCCAAUGAGAGAGUGGCACAACAGCUGGCAGGUGGUCGCCAUGGCAGCAGAGGCAGGGCUUAUCCUGAACGAGGUCCGCCCCUUCGACGGCGAGAAACCUGAAGGUUACCAAUCCACCGGGUACAGGAGCCAGGAUAAGUGUUUCCAUGCGGAGCAGGGCGUGACUCAUGUGUUCAGUCGUAGUGUGGCCUGCAGCGCCCCCCAGAGGAAGGACAUGAAGCAGCACACUCCGGGAGGACACACACUGACCUACCGCAUACCUGUUGAGCUAUCGCAUUACAUACACAGGGGUUUUCUCACCUCUGGUUCUAAUCAUCCCGUCAGGUUGGUUCAGGACUUUCUGGUUCAGGCCCUGGAGAGGGAGUGGCCCGUCUCCAUGGUUACAGAGCCCCUCCCCCUGCUCAUACACUCCUCUCCCCAGAGACUAAAUGCCUGUUGCCCUGAGAUACAAGACACACACACACAUUGCUACUGGCUACACCCCCCACACACACACACACACACACCACAAACACACACACCAGGUGUAGGUGAGGGAGAGGUCAGUGUGUGUGAAGGUGUAGGUGUUAUUGAGGGAGAGGAGGGUGUAGGUGUUGGGGGAUACGUGCUGCGUCCUUCUCUACUGCCUCAGAUGGAGAUACUGAGGGAGGAGAUAGAGGAGAGAGAGGAGGUUCUGCAUGGUGUGAGCGGCCUAGUCUUUCAGAGAGUUCACAUCAGUCCCUGGUCCCCGCCUGCCUUCCACCAGCUCCUCCUCUGGGGGGCGUGGCCCAAAGCCUCUCAGUCAAUCCCUGACCUGGGGCGGAGUCUGGAGCGUCUGCUGAGCCCCUACGGGCUUUCCCUGACUGAAGAGCAGGGGUCUCUGUGGCUGGCGGCCGAGCCAAUGGGACGGCUAGGCCGGCUGUGGGCUGAUGACCUCACUGAUGACGUCAGUGUGUGUCUGAACCUUGACCUCCUGGCGUCACUGGUCUACUCCCUCCCUGACUGGCGCCUGCUCUGGUCACCUGACCCCCGCUUCCUCAACCACUUCCUGCUCUGCCCAUUGCCAGAGCAACCAUUCCGCCCCAUCUCCCUGUUUCCACAGAGCUUUGUUUAUGACAUCAGCUUCUGGGUGGGGCCAGACUGGCAGGAGGCGGGGUUUCAUGCUCUAGUUAGAGAGGCCAGUAGAGAGAUGGUAGAGAAUGUUACACUUAUAGACACCUACACACCCGACACACAGCCCGACACAACACACACCAGCUACUGUUACAGACUCACCUACCGCUCACACACACACGCCCUCUCACACACACACGCACUCAAACUCCACACACACCUGCAAAGCCUGCUGUCCACCCGCAUGCAUCUCACCGUCAGGUAGUGUCUGUGUGUGUGUGAGAGAGAGAGAGAGAGAGAGAGAGAGACAGAGAGAGUGAGAGAGCGAGAGAGA